AGUAAAAUGGUUGCUUCUCAGUUGCUCAAUUCAUAAGUCUGACUACGAAUACAAAUAAAUACAAAAUACCAUUCCAUAAGUAAAAUAUGGCUAAAAGGCAAUAUUUUGUAGCGCUUGUGACUAGGAAUCCUUAAUUUAUAAUGCAUUUAAAGGUACAAAAUUGAAUGGUGUAUAGUAUUUUAAUAGAAAUUGAUCUAAUUGGCGAGAAUACCAUUGUCUAAUCAAUAAUGAAUAAGUAGCGGAAUAACAACAGUCUUUAAAGUGAAGAAGUGAGCACGCUCUUUAGAAAAUGAGUGCAAGAAAUAAAUCGGGAAAUAAACAGGAUGACCGCAGCGUUGAGACGUUGGCGGAGGUAUUUCGGUGUUUUAUUUGUAUGGAAAAGUUGAGGGACGCUCAUCUGUGUCCGCAUUGCUCAAAAUUAUGCUGUUACAUUUGUAUCAGACGAUGGUUAACGGAACAACGGUCGCAGUGCCCACACUGCAGGGCGUCAUUGCACUUGCACGAGCUGGUAAAUUGCAGAUGGGUUGAGGAAGUUACACAGCAGCUGGAUUCCUUGCAGGCUGUAAGUGGGACACGUUGUGAGGACAAUGAACGAGACAAGGCAAGGUGCUCGACUCAUAUGGAAAAAUUGUCUGUUUAUUGCUGGACUUGUCGAUGCUGCAUUUGCCAUCAAUGCGCCCUAUGGGGUGGAACGCACUCCGGGCAUACAUUUAAACCGUUAGAGGAAGUUUACGAGCAGCACGUCACCCAAAUUAAAGAUGAAGUGGCACAGUUAAGACGACGUCUAAUGGAACUUAUUAGUAUUGUACAGGAAGUGGAACGGAACGUCGAAUCGGUGCGAUCGGCUAAAGACGAUCGAGUUAGAGAAAUUCGUAAUGCCGUAGAACUGAUGAUUGCUCGACUGGACUCUCAGUUAAAAACAAAACUGCUCACUCUUAUGGGACAGAAAGAUUCCCUUACUCAGGUGUGUAUUUUUUUAUGGACCUCCACUAUGUUCGAUGUUUCACAUUAAAUUAAUUCAACAUUU